AUGGCAAUACUGAAAGCCGAAGAGUCGUCGGCGGCGGCGGUGGCCAAGUCAAGCACCGGCGACACCAUGGAGCAGACGAUCAUCUCUCGUCCACUAGCAAACUUCUCUCCGUCUGUAUGGGGUUACAGAUUUGCUUCGCUUUCUUCAUCUCCUACGGAAAUGGAAUUCUACCGGCGGCAGGUGGAGCAGGCGAAGGCGAAGGUGGGGAAGAUGCUGGCGGCUUCAGCAGCCGACGGUCCGUUUCGCAACGUCGAGCUCAUCAACUUGCUGGAGCGGCUUGGCGUGUCGUACCAUUUUCAAGCUCAGAUCGAAGACCAACUGAGGCUCAUCUUCCAACAAUCUCUCUCCGAUGUUACGGAGAGGAGAAAUGACCUCUACUCCGUUUCGCUGGUGUUUCGAGUCCUACGCCAGCACGGAUACAGAGUUCCCUGUGAUGUGUUUGACGAAUUCAAGGACGUAAAGACAGGAGAGUUCAAGGAAUGUGUGAGGGGCGACGUGAGAGGGAUUCUGAGCCUGUAUGAGGCCUCCCACUUGAGGCUUCAUGGAGAGCCCAUUCUCGAAGAAGCCCUAGCUUUCUCGAGGCAUCAGCUGGAAGAGUACUCAUCAUCAUCAUCAUCAACUAAGCCUCAUUUGGCAGCACACAUUGAAAACGCACUGAUUUGCCCCUUCCACAAGAGCGCCCGGAGGAUCGACUCCUGGAGAUUCAUCUCCUUCUACGCGGAUGAAGAAGAAUCGAGGGUCGACGAAACCCUCCUCAGAUUCGCCAAGCUCGACUUCAACUUCGUGCAGCUGAUGCACCAGAACGAGCUGGCCUUCGUCUCCAGGUGGUGGAGGGACACCGGUCUUCAAGAGAAGCUUCUUUACGCGAGGGACAGAAUCGUGGAGCUGUACUUUUGGGCCACGGGGUCUCAUUACGAGCCACACAAGGUGGUCUCGAGGGUUGCAGCCACCAAAUUUGCCAAAAUGGUGUCGCUGGUCGACGAUACUUACGAUGCCUACGCCAUUGAGCAGCUUCCGGAUGACAUGCAGUUCCUUUUUAGGGCAUUCCUUAGACUUUGCGAUGAAAUGGAACAGGACAUGGAGAAAGAGGGGAGAUGCUACAGCGCACACCACGCCAAGGAUGCUUUCAAGGAGUUGGCGAGGGCAUAUGACACGGAGGCAAAAUGGCUGGCGAAUCGCUACACACCAACGGUGAAAGAGUUCAUGGCAAACGGCAUACCUUCAAGCUCCUACGGCGUGAUUUCAGCUGCCUACUUCAUUGGAAUGGGGGAAGCCAUGGGGACCGAAGAAUACGAGUGGCUGAAAACCAACCCCGCCAUUGACACAGCAGCAAAGCUCCUGGGCCGGCUUCUCAACGACAUUAUGAGCCACGAGGAUGAGCAGAAGAGAGGGCACUGUCCAUCGGCCGUCGAGUGUUACAAGAAGGAGCAUGGGGCGUCCGACGAAGAGGCCGUGGAAGCGAUCAAGAAGAUGUGCGACGAUGCCUGGAAGGACUUGAACGAGGAGUGCAUGAGACCGACUCCAGUUGGGAUGCCCGUGAUUCAGCACUUCCUCGAUCUCGUACGAAUCAUCACCUUCAUAUACAUCCGCAACGAUUCGUAUACACACUCAGGGUCUCUGAAAGAUCACAUCACUUCCAUCUUGCUUGACUCGAUUCCUAUCUAG